AUGGCAGAGGGAGACACAGUCAUCGUCGGAGUGGCAUUUUUGGUCGAACGAUCCCCCAAUACGACCGAAGCCGGGCAGAUUCAUCACCUUCUGGAGGUCAUCACCGAUCGCAAGGUUCCCGUCUUGCCCAUGGUCCCUGCCGGCUAUGGUCUGCACGAGUUCCUGGUCUACGACGAAGCCAAGGAGAAGGACCGCAAGGAAGUUAUGCGCAAGCGUAACGUCGACUUCGCUGUCAAUUACCGCGAUUAA